AUGUCCCGUCCCUCGACUUCCCUCGUCCGCACACUCCUCGCACGGCCAGUCAGCGGCUUGCGAGCCCGCCAGGCUCCUUUGAGGUCCUUCACAACCACGUACAUCGCGCGCGACGAGCCGGUCAAGGUCCCCGUCGCCCUCAUUUCGAAGGUCCGAUCUGCACGACCCGGCACCCCUCUCACGCUCGCCCGCUCUGCCCUCGCCGCAUCUAACAACGACGUUCCCACGGCACUCGAAUGGAUUGCGAAGCAGACGGCCGAGUCUGGCGCGAAAAAGGCGGAGAAAUUGGCAGGUCGCGAGGCUCAGGAGGGUGUCGUUGCGGUCGCUGUUCUCGCAGACGGGACGGGCGGAGUCGGUGUACGAGCAUCUCUCGUCGAGAUGCGCUGUGAGACGGAUUUCGUCGCGCGAACGGACGAGUUCCGCGAGUUGGCGGAGGGUAUCGCAAGAAGUCUGGCUUUCUUCGCCGAGCCGACGGCGGAGGGUGGCCUCGUCAAGCACGACGUCAAGGCCGACGCGCUGCUCCACACGCCCGUCGUCCCCGCACCCCACAAGGUCGACCCGACAGCGACGGCAGUCGACUCCCCUCCCGAGACGGUCAAGACGAGCCUGGCGCAGAUCGUCUCCCGGCUCGGCGAAAACAUCCACCUCAGCCGCGCCUCCAGCAUCUCCCUCAACCCCUCUGCACCCGGAUCCGCCACCUUCCUCGCCUCUUCCUACCUGCACGCCUCGAAGACCCCCGCCGAUGCCGCAGCGACAGGUGUCCAGUCCGGCGCUCUUGGCGGGCUUUUGAUCGCCCGUCUCGCCGAAGGCGGUGAUGUCGACAAGACCGAGGUCAAGGGUCUCUUGCGUGCACUCGCACGGCAGGUCGUUGCCAUGCCCACCACCUCCGUUCGCGCGGCCGCUGCGUCGGCUCCGGUCGAAUCGGGCGAGCCCAGCACGGCGCUAUACGAGCAAUCCCUCAUCACGCUCGCGCCCAGCCCCAAGUUUGAGUUUGAGGCGGGCAGCAAGGUUGGCGACGUCCUGAAGAAGUGGAGCGAAGUGCGCGGCGUUCAGGGUCAGGGUCUCGAGGUCGUCGAGUUGGCGCGCUGGGAGUUGGGAGCGGCGGAUGAAGGCGAGGCGGCAUAG